UUGGAUGGCCGACACGGACCAGGCGAAGGUCGAGCAGAAGUUUCGAUCGUACGGCCUGGUAGGCAUGGACGCGCCGCAGCUUGACGCGCAUAAGCUGCGAUGCAGUCGCUACGAUGGAUCGAUCGAGCUCAGCAAGGACGACUUCAUCUACAACCGCGUCAAGGUCUACGGGUACAUUGCCAAGGACUGCGUCGUACUGAUAAGGCCCCUCUCGAAAAAUAUCCUCGAUUAUUUAGAGGGCACCGAGCUUGUGGUGGACUCCCCUUCAAAGGUGGUCGUGGUUCCACACAUGUUCGGCCUGCCGCCCCUCUACUACCUCCAGAUGAAAGAGGACUACGUCAACUACGCGCUCGGAGGAACGGUCCUGGCCCGGAAGUUCUUUCGCGUUGCGCUCGACGGCACGUGGAAGAAGUUGACGACCGAGAAGAUGCUCACCGCCCGAGAUUGCUACGCGAAGCUGUCUUCGCGCUUCCACGAUAAGCUAAGCGAAGACCGCUUCCACGACGUAUUCAGCACGGCUGAGGCUUUCAGGGUCGCCUACAGCGUGAAGGCGGCCACCGGCCAUUGGCCCGGCUCGAGUGACCAGUCACACGUCACGGCCUCGGACACGGUGUUCUUCAAGCUCGCCUGUCAGACACUGUGCGUGACCCGGGGCGCACCCCAGGACCCAAACAGCCUCGACGGGCUGACCGCUCACGCCGCCUGCCUGUACGCGGCGGGAACGAUGCCGCAGUUUCACAGCGCGUUCCAAUGCACGAAGUCGAAGAAGAUGUGGGGCCUGAGAAAGUGCAAGAUGACGUGACCAUCAAACUUGCAAACAGAGAGAGGGAGGAAUGUCUACAUUGAAACUGUUGACCAAAUAGCGUAAUAUUCAUUUCUUUACAGGUAGGAGGAUGGGAACGUAGUGGCAAAAGCGAUAGCAAGCCAAGUCACUAUAGACUUAGGUUGCUGCAGAAAAUUGUUUCGUGUUCUAAGAAGUCACGGAAUACUGUUUAAUAGCGAUUCUCGUCGUUUGAUUACUGUAAUGCUGAGAUAUUGCGUGAUAUAUGUUAUGCUACUGGAUUUAUCCAUGUUGUAGUCGGGACUACCCACGGGUACCGGGUUCUGGAUCCAAACAAACUAUAUAAUUUCAAUGAAUUUUAAUGAAAGACAAUUGAA